AUGGUUUUAUCGAAACGAUGGAAGUAUCUUUACACGUUUGUGCCAACACUUGAAUAUGAUCAUAACAGUUAUCCAGAUGGUGAGGACAGGAGCUUCUCGCGGUUUGUUUACAGUUCUUUGCUGUUACACGAGGCUCCAGUUCUACAAGUGUUGUCUUUCCUACUUGGUCAAAACACUGGUGCUAUAGAUAUUGGAGUUUGUGUUAGAAUCGCUAUUAAACGCCAUGCCCGUCUCCUGAAUAUUGAGAUUGAUGAUACUUGUUCUGCUGAAACUAUCAAUCCAGUGAUACUUCCUACUAGCUUGUAUACAGGUUGUACAAUGCUUGUGAGUUUGGGGCUAACCAAUGUAGUUCUUAUGGAUUCGUCUUCCACGGUUUCCUUCCCGUCCCUCAAAAUUUUGGGCCUUCAAUCAGUGAAGUACCCAAAUAAUGAAUCAGUCCCAAAGAUUUUAUCCGGUUGUCCUAUUAUUGAAAGUUUAUUCGUGGAACGAUGCCUCGGUGACAAUGUAAGCCUUUUCGUAGUUAGAGUGGCCUCUUUGAAGAUUCUAUCAGUGAUAAAUUUAUCGGACAACCAUGCUGACGGGAUUUUGAUAGAUGCUCCUUCUUUGGAGAUCAUGAGGAUUCUUGAAAAUACGGAAGUAUUUUGUGGCAUUGAGCAUAAUAUGCCUAAGAUUGAAACGGCAAAUGUGUGUGUUACUUGUAAUCGUACUGAAAAGAUUCUUUCUUCUCUUACUUCACUCCAGCAACUUAGACUGUGUGUAAUGACCUCAAAGGAUGCGUAUGAUGCAGCGUAUCCUGAAGGAAUAUUAUUCAACCGGCUUGUAGAUUUGACUCUGUGUAUUUUUGAACCGGAAUGUUUGAAUCUACUUAUGCCUCUUCUCAAAGAUUCCCCCAAACUAAGAUUCCUCAAACUAGAACAAGUCCAUCCACCUGAGGCUAUGAAUCGACGGCCGUGCUGGAACGAACCAACUGAUGUUCCUAGCUGUUUAUUGUCAAGUCUCGAAGCUUUUGAAUGGUCACAAUACGAAGGAAGAGAAGAAGAGAUCAAAGUCGCGCAAUUCAUCAUAAGAAAUUCUGCUUGUUUGAAGAAUGCAACUUUCUAUCCUAAAUCUACUGAUCCUACAGAGAAGCUUGAGAUGCUAAUGGAAUUAUCAGUGUCACCAAGGAGUUCUUCAAUAUGUCAGCUUGAUUUCGGUCGUGGGACUCCUACAUGUGGGAAGGGAACUGCGGUAUUGCAGGAUGCAUAUUCUGUUGGUACUGUCUUCCACCGUCUUUGCCAUAAGAUAGCUACCCCACGCCCCUGCUGGAAUGACCCGAGCUCAGUUCCUGAAUGUCUGUCAGCGAGUCUAGAAACUCUUGAAUGGGUAAGGUAUCAAGGAAGUAAAGAAGAGAACGAAGUAGCUACAUUCAUAUUAAGAAGCGGAAGAUGUUUGAAGAAGGUAACUAUCUCCUCUACAUCCACUGACUCCGACAAGAAACUUGAGAUGCUCAAGGAGCUGUCCUUAUCCUUCAGGCGUUCACCGACAUGUCAGCUUGCAUUCAACUGA